AUGUUUCGGGUCGAGCACGCGAAUACGAUUCGCCUUUAUUUGUCCCGCCUCCCGGUUUCCUCCCCCCGUGCCUUGUUUCUCCCCCCGCCCCGUUCCUCUUUUCCCCCAGUGGCGGCGCUGAUAGGGAUGCGCGUGGCCUUGGGAGUGACGGGGAUGCAGUGGUGGCGCACCAGCGGGAUUGUGGCGGCGCUGAUAGAGAUGCGCGUGGCACUGGGAGUGGCGGGCAUGCAAUGGUGGCGCACCAACGGACUUCCGCAAACUCUUAUUCAUCCCCUCCACCCGCCCCUCUCCCACGCCCCUUCCCGCCCCCCUUCCCCCACGCUUUCCGCCACUCCCAGCGUUGGCGCUGAUAGAGAUGCGCGUGGCCUUGGGAGUGACGGGCAUGCAGUGGUGGCGCACCAACGGGAAAGUCGUGUGCGGCGCGUGGAUAGGCGUCGACAUGGCUUACAGCGUGAUUACCGUAUCGGGUCUCCUCUUGAGGCGCCUCAAAAGGCGCUCGCUGCUGAAAAUGUUGCUAAUUUCACGGCUUACAACGUGAUCACCGUACCGGGCCUCCUCCCCAGCAGCUUCACCAAGCUCAAAACCCUCACCUACCUCGAUCUCUCCUCCAACCGACUCAACGCGUCACUCGACCAAUUCGCCCGCCCCUUGCUGCACCUCCCCAACCUCCGCGUUCUGACUCUGAACAACAACAAGCUCUGGGGUUCCGUGCCCUCCUACCUGCUGCAGAAACCGAAGCUUCAGAAACUUGUGGACGACUCCCCUGGGGAUGUUUCAGCCUCUUUACUGCCCGCCACCCAGUGGACGUGCAUGUGCGCUGCUGGAGCCACUCUCAAAGACAAUGACGUGUGCGAGUGUGAGAAGAAAUCAAGCUUGCGAGUGCCACUGGCCUCUUGUCCCCGUUACAAGCUCAAGCGGUACAGUAGUUAA